UUAUUGUGAUUUCAUAUUUAUAAUUUUCAUCUCAAAACACGAUCAAUUUUUAUUAUUAAAACUCUUGGCCCUUCUUAAAUGUUUUGCAAGAAACAAAAUGUUGUCCCUACUCUGCAUAGCACCAGUCUGGAACAAUGACCUUGAUUAAUCACUAGUUGGUACACUAUUGCUGACCAUGAGACCUUGAACAACUCAUGUUCAUGUGUUGUUUUGUUACUAACAAUAGCCAGCCAGAACUACAGAAAAGAGUACUUUCUGUAACCAUAACAACAGGAUUUCUACACGGUCCCGUGUGGAAUGUACCUCUGCAGACUUUUAUUGAAGAAAAGUCUUUACCUUUUGAGCCGACUGACAAUGGCGAAGUCCUCGAUAGACCAGAGUAUAAGAAGAUACAUGCUGAGUACCGUAAUUUGGUGGACGUGAUGUUAGGCUCUUUCAUGGAUGAUAUCGGCAUCACGGCGGAUCAAUUCGAAGCAGCAUGCAAACUGUCAGCGCGAGACCUAGCCGGGCUACCGGCACAUUUCCAUCGUCGCCUGUUUGAACAAAUAUGGGCCGCUAACGACUACGAAAUGUUCGUCAAGAUGAUGACUCACAAGAACGUGGAAUUGCAGCUACAGGCUCUAGAAUUAAUAGAAAGGAGAUAUGGAGCUAUGCCCCAUUUGUUUUCUGUCGAACCAGAUGACUCAUUGUUAGACUCAUCAAGAAGUGAUGAAAGUGAGGACUGGCCGGAUAAUGAUGAUGUCAUGACUGAAAUAAAAAAACUACAAUUGGAAGAUUUCGAAGGUAAAGACGAGGUCGUCAGCGUCCCGCCCGAGGAAGUGGUAGCUGAGAAGCAAACUCUGUUAUCUAAACUUCACAGCUUCGAAAAAAAGGAAGAAAAUGUUGAGAAAAAAGUUCAUAUAGUGGUCCCAGAAAAAAAGAUUCAGGUUAUGGAACCACCGAAAUCACCUCCCAAAAAAGUAGAGGUGAGCGAGGAAGAGAUGAGAGCUCGUCAAGAAUAUUUGAAGCAACAGCGCGAUAAGUUAUUGGCAUUAAAAAAGCAAGUCCGUGAGCGACGACUCGGGGCAGCAGAUGGCGCAGAAACAGGAGGUGGUGAAGGAUCUCAUAGCAGCGUUGCUAGACCUCGGUCGGCUCGCGUGGCUCAAGCAGCACUAGCAGGUGUAGCUCCACCGCCGCCUCCAGACGCCAUGCAGCUGCGAAGGGCACUCGCCUCUAAGUUAAAGACUGAGGUGGUCGAUAUUUCUAAUUAAUUUUAUUUCACUUUAGUCCUCAAUUUGUUCAAAAAUCUCUCUAGGCUUAUAUUUAUUCAUGAAUUAAAAUUAAAAAAUAUUUAGUCCCGAA